AUGGUUGGCAAAAGGUCGGGAAAGGCCCUUCGGGAUGAGGGUCUGGAGCGAACCGACAACAAUAUGGAACUUUCCAACUGGCCUCAAAUCCCGGCAAUCAACCAGAAAAAUUACUACACCGACUACCUCAAAAGAGAUGACCAGUAUCUGGCGUUCCGAUUGCAAAAUGAGGAGGCAAGGACCAAAAUGACCAAAACCGCCAAGGACCGGGAUCGCGCGCUUGCAAUGGCCAAACCUGAGGCCGAGGCCGAGGCGGAAGCAGACGGCGAUGCCAACAUGGAGGAUGCGGAGGAGACUCCUGCCGAAGCCGCCGGAUCCAAGGUCAUUGUCAUCCACAUUGGUAGCCAGAAUCUACGGAUUGGGCUGGCUAGUGAUGCAUUGCCCAAGACUGUUCCGAUGGUGAUUGCUCGGAAGGCAGCGACCAGCGAAUGCGAAGACCACGAGGAACCCAAUCCGAAGAGAUUCAAGCGGGACGAUGGUGAAUCCUUGGAGCCGGAGAAAAUAUUUGGAUCUGAGUGGUCAUCUCAAUACAACAGGAUGUCGGCGGAUCUAAAAGUACACAUGCGACAAAACAAGCGGCGGAUGCUCCCCAACUCGAAGGAAAUGGUCAUGAACUACAACCGCAGAACAGUACCGGAAACCAUCUCGGAACAUAACGACCCAAUGCGCAUUGAAUGGACCGAGCUGUCCAGCCCUCCACCAGAGUAUAUCGUCGGGCAGCCCGCGUUGAGAGUUCCGGACUCGUCAAAUCCUCGUUACAAACUUUACUGGCCAUUCCAGAAUGGGUGGUGCAACGAGAAAGACUACUCGAGCAAGCGAAUGCUGUUCCUGGACAUCUCUCUAAUUCUGGAAGAUGCGAUCAAAACCCAGCUGGGAUUGACCAGUAAGAAAGAGUGGGCCCAGUAUUCCUGCGUGUUCGUCAUCCCAGACCUUUACGAGAAGUCGUAUGUCACCCAGGCACUGGAGAUGUUGAUGCGCGAGUUUGCUUUUGCCCGAGUGUGUUUCAUCCAGGAGAGCUUAGCGGCCACGUUUGGCGCAGGGUUCACCUCCGCCUGCGUGGUUGAUAUCGGAGCGCAAAAGACCUCGAUCUGCUGUGUCGAAGAGGGAAUGUGCGUCGAGAACUCGCGAGUAAAUCUCAAGUUUGGCGGCCGAGACGUGACCGAGACCUUUAUCAAGAUGAUGCUUCACGGUCAUUUCCCUUAUGCUGAUGUCAACCUGUGGCGCCGUUACGAUUUCCUUCUGGCGGAAGAGCUGAAGAAGAAUGUCUGCACCAUGAACGAAGCCAGCGUCUCUCCUCAGGUGUUCGACUUUCAUCUUCGCGUUUCGGGCCAAGAUACGCGCAAGUACACUUUUAAGGCUUACGAUGAAGUUCACUUGGCCCCCAUGGGAUUCUUUGAGCCCACUAUCUUCGACAACUCGGAGAAGUUGCAGGGACGACGGGGCUUGAUCGAGCCAUCUGUCGACAUCUAUGACGGCCAGUCUAAUGACCCUGUCUCUGCGGCUCAGUCUGAGAUUUUGACUGCCCUCGCUCCCACCUUACCCGCCAAUGACAAAGCAGAUGAUGAGUCUCAACCCGGAACGUCGGGUGUGCAAGCGACACCAAGCCGCCCGCAGCAACCCAACGCAUUGGGAAGGGUGCAGGAGCUGGAAGCCACCCCUCGCUCCUCCGUUGCCGGCUCUCCAGCCCCAGAAGUCGCGGGAACUCCCCAGGCGGGAGGUGUUGGGACUCCUGCUGUCGCCACAUCAGCGAGUCAGGCUCCGCGUCCCCCCGCCGUCGAACAUCGAGAUGAUAUCUUGCCCAUUUACGCUCUCGACAAUGCUAUCUUAACCUCCAUUGCCCAUGCUGCGCGCUCCGACGAGAAGAAAAUGCGGGAUUUCAUCGGAGGCAUCAUGGUGGUCGGUGGCGGCAGCUUAACGAACGGAUUCCAUCUGUUCCUAGAAGAGCGGCUUCAGACCCUUCGUCCGGGAUUUGCGAAGGAGAUCAUGAUUGGGGCCCCGCCCAGAGAUCUGGAUCCUCAGGUUGUUGUGUGGAAGGGAGCCAGUAUCUUUGGCAAGCUGAGUGGAACGAAUGACAGCUGGAUCGGACAGCUGGAAUAUGACCGGCUGGGCCACCGGCUGAUGGCGUACAAGUGCAUGUGGGCCUGGUAG